CCCAAAUCAAUAUGAACUCUCUCUCUCUCUCUCUCUCUCUCUCUCAAAAUCUCACUCUUCACUCUCUCUCGCUAUACUCUCUCUUUCAACUCACCACUCUCAAUUUUAUUGUUCAUUUGAAGAUGUCGAUCAAUUGUUGAUGAAUAUUUGAAGAUUUUGAUCGAUCGUUGAUGAAGAUUUGAAGAUUUCAAUCUGCUGUUGAUGAAGAUUUCGAUUGAUUCAUGAUCGGAGGAUGGAUUGCUGACACACUUUUGAGCAAAGGUCUUUCCGUAACAACAGUUCGUAAGAUAAUGCAAUCAAUUGGAUUUUUGGGGCCUGCCUUCUUCCUUACACACCUGAGCCAUGUCAAGGCACCUGCUUUAGCAGUGCUAUGCAUGGCAUGCAAUCAGGGAUCAGAUGCAUUCUCAGUCUGGCCUCUACUCCAAUCACCAAGACAUUGGGCCCCGAUAUGCUGUCAGUUAUCUCUAUCUCUAUCCUACACAAAAUCAAAUAUUGCUUCUCUCGUGAUUCCUAGCUAUGAAUAUAAUCUUUUUGUAAAGGUUAUUUCUCAAAAUAUGAAGUGAUUAAAUCCCAGUAAAUAGAGUGGAAAAGUAAAAAAGAUUUCAAACAUCAAUCAUAUUUUUCAGGUGGAAAGUUUCACCAUUAUUAUGAUUUAAUUUGUGGUUCUGUGAAU